CCAGAACCGCCAAGCAAAGCAUAAUUUAGUCGUGACAUAUUCUAUUUUGACACGUUCAUAUCAUUGACGGCAACGUAAGCCAGGUUGCACCUGAAAAUGGUUUUAUUAGACAAUUCAUCGUUUAUAAUAUCUCUGGAAAAAUUAGCUACACAAGCACGAAAUGAUUCCUCGUUUACGAUAACAUUUAAGCGAUUUGAUGGACACAAUAAGCCCACACCGCGAGAAGGACGACCGCCCCUGCCAACGCCAGAGGAAUACAUGUGCCUUGUCCGAGCGCAAAUGAAAUCGAAAAAGAUUUCGACAGUAGUGAAACAGGAGGAUGUGCCGAAAAUGAUGGUAAUGUACGCGCAAUUCAUGAAGAGUAACAUGGACGGUUUGAAGCGAGUGAAAAAGGUCAAAAGCAAGGCCAAGGCCGCUAAGGGAUAAUGUAAAUUUUACUUAAUUUAUUGGAAAAUAAUAAUGCUGCCUAAAAUUAUAUUUAAUUUUAACGCUAAUUAUUAUUUUUUUACUGGAAAAUGUUCUUUAUGCCCUUUUCCAUGGCUUUCCCAUCCUUUAAACUGAUCAAAUGAAUGCGUAUUGAUGUAAUGAAUGAAUUUAAUGCAUUUUGUACAUUACUUUUAGUUUUGUUUUUGUUAUAAUCGAAAGAACAAAGGAUAAUGUAUAUGAAAUAUGGACAAAUGAAAUUUCGGGAAAAAAAAAAACAAAUAAAAUUGGAAUCAGUAAACAUUUUUGUAAAAUGUUGAAAACAGACAA